AUGCUGCUGCCUCCAUCCGUUCCAACUGUCCCGAAAAGACCUAAAAAACUGACUGACUCAACCCCUACAAAUCUAAAAACUGAGUCUUCAGAUAACUUAAAUGCCAGCUCAUCCAAUCCAGAUGAGCCAGUGAUUCCUAAGAGACCUUCUAAAACAAAAAAGUCAGAGUCUUUCUCCGCUCAGCCAAUAGCAUCUUCUCCCGUUGCAGAGCCUUCUGCCGAAGAGCCAAUUGCUGAUUCUUCGUCCUCCCAAUUGGACUCUAAAAAGGAUUCGGAUCAAUCAGAUCAAGGCUCAACUCCUCCAAUUCCUAAUCGUCCUGCUAAAGAUAAAAAUAAUAAUUCAAAUGAUGAACCUGAAUCGGUAUUGAACUCUCAACAAGAAGAUUCUAAUAGCGAUUCUGAAUUAGAAGGUGAUAUAACCCCUGGUAAUUCAAAUACAAAAAUCACCUUCAAAGACGAAGUUGAUGAAGACGAUUAUAAUGCUAACAAUACCGAUACUUCAAGUUUCAAUGAUGACGUUGAAACAGUUCUGCAAGAUAGGGAUACCGAGGGUGGGUCUUACAUUGAAUCUCAACCCGAUGUUCAUGAUGGUGUUGCACCUACUGUAGACUCUAAUAAUUCAAAUGAAUCCACCAAUAUUGAACCAAAAGCCAUUGAUCAACUGGAAAAAAGUGUUGACCACGGAUCACAAAGUAUUGAUGAAGCUAGUAAAGACGUCAAUAGUGAAGGACCAGAUAUCGAGCAAUCCAAUAAAGAAAUCCCGGAUAUUGAGCAAUCCAUCGAAAAGGUUACUCAUGAACAAACUACUGAUGAAAAACUUACAUUAAACGAUAAUGAUGAUAUUUCUGACAAAAUCGAAUCAUCUAAGCCAUCUGAAACAAAAGAUUUGACUAAGCCAGAUACACCAGUAAUUCCUUCAAGACCCAAAAAAUCUUCAACCGAAGAAUCAAUCGAAACUCCUCAAAUGCCAUCUUCAAGACCUUCUAAAUCCAAGGUCAAUUCUCAAGAGCCUGAACCUGAAAAUACAACCACACCUGCCAUUUCUAGUCGCCCAAGGCCUAAAGCAAAGUCUUCUUCUGAACUGACCCCUGUUGAAUCAAAAAGUGUUGAUAAAAGUGAAUCACCAGUAGUCCCAGGGAGACCAGAAAAACCAUCUGAAGAUUCUUUAAGUAGAGCAAGUCCUCAACUUAGUGAUGCUAAACCAAAGGCUCCACCUCCAAAACCAAAAAAAUUAUCAUCCAAAAUUGCAGCAUUUCAACAAAUGUUCAAUCAAGAGAAGAAGGAAGACUUGGACUCUGAAAAGGAAGAUUCUAAUGUUAGCAAACCAUCUCCCGUUACUAGAGGGAAACUUUCAUCAGAUAAAAUGAAAUUUGCAGAAAGCUUAAAAGGUAUGAUGGGUAAAGGUGUUGCGUUACCUGGUAUGACUAACCCGAAUAUCCCUACGAAGUCCGAAGAAAGUUUAGUAGAAGAUUUCAAAAAAGAUGAGGAAGUUUCUACCUCGACUGACUCAGAGAUCAAGCCCAUCAGUAAUAGACCAAGUAGGGCCAAAGGUCCAAGAGGAAAACGCUUACCUAAUUCAUUGAAGAAGCCACUCAACGUUGAGGUUGAACCUAGAUUCAAGUUGAUUGUGGAAGAUCUUUGGGACCUCAAAUUUGAACCAAAGGUGGAUACAGUUGAAUCUACAGAAGAUCUAGCGAAGUCUUCUGAAGAAGAAACUACUUUUAAAGAUACAGACUCUACUAGAGAAGAUUUGGUUUCCCAAGAUCCAGUUCUGAUCUCCAAAGAACCAAUUUCUGAUUCUAAAGAAAGUUUAACUUCGAUUCCAGGUUUAAAAAGUAAUAGUGAGUCCGUUUCCCAUGAAGAUAACGAAGAAGGUGAAGACUCCACCGUAAAACCAGAUACGCCUACAGAUUUGGGAAUAGAUGAGAAAGUAGAAAAGGCAGGCAAUGAAGAAUCAGUAAAACCUGAUGAAGAUGAAUUGGAAUCACUGGAUGAUGCCAAAAUUGAUGAAGUGCCAGAAAACAACGAAGACAGAACUACAGAAGCCGCUUCUAAAGAAACCGCUGACCCUAUUCAAGGAGAAAAGGGGGUCGACCUGCUCAAAACCGUUGUCGAUGAAUACUUAGCAGAUGAAGGCUUGACCCAAACACCGGGAAGCGAAGACGAAAUGUCAGAUAAGAUUACUCAGGGUGCUUCCAAUUGA